AUGACCGCCGCCCUGGAGUUCACGAUCCAGACGCCCGCGGCCACGAACCUCAGCGACCCGGCGUCCUGGCAGGGCAUGUGGACCUCCGACGUCGACCCCCUGCACCCCGGCCAGGAGAUGCAGGGCACUCGGUUCACCACGUCGGGCAACGGCGUGCAGUGGGAGGUGACCGCCAGCGCGGCGAUGGCCAUGCUCCACUUCCGGAGCCGCUACGGCCGCGCCACCGCCCUGGGCCUCCGCCUGCGCGAGUACGUGCGGCAGGCGCAGUCGUCGCUGCGGCGGCUGCUCGACAUGUACGGCUGCGUGCCGGGCUCCGUGCUGGCAGGCAACCUGGAGGCUUUCAACCAGUGGGUCGAGCAGAAGGGCACGCGCGCGGACCGCCCAGCGGAGGAGCACCCGGGCGGGUCCGACACGGGCGUGAGUUGGGCUUACCUGCGCUACCCGCACCUCGCGUCCACGGCGUGGACGGGACUGCUGCUCCUCUACCAGGCGGACUCCCGCGUGCCCGUGAACGCCGACGCCAAUCCCCUGGGCAUGCCGAGGAGCCCGGUCCCUCGCGGCGGCUACGAUCUGUCGUGCAUGCCUGCGGCAGCAGAGGCUCCAGCCACUGCGGCUCCCACGGCGGCUCCCACGGCGGCUCCGACGGCGGCUCCGCCUGCGGCCACCGCGGCGCCGACGGCGGCUCCGACCGCUGGCCCGACCGGCAGCCCGACGGAGGCACCGACCCCGCCUCCGACUGCAGCGGCGACAAUCGGCCGAACACGCAGUCCUGCGGAGGCACCAUGGCGCCGGUCCAUAACGCUGUCCUCAUCAUCGGGGCCGUCUGCGAUUCGAGUUGAACGGUGGUCUGCCUCUCUCCCGCGGAGCUUGUCUGCACUGCGUCUGUCGCACCAUGCCGGCAUUGCCCCGUGUACGGACGACUGA